AAUCCUUACUUUGGAUAUUUUGGAUAUCAGGGAUUUGGGGGUCAUCCUCCUUAUUAUUCAGAAGAGAUGUUUGAACAAGAUUUUGAAAAACCCAAAGAAGAAGAUCCUCCUAAAACAGAGAGUCCGGCCACUGAGCCCUCGGGUAAUUCAACAGGUCCUGAGACUAAUUCUACUCAACCAAACGCACCCAAUCCUGCAGGGAGUCAGAGCAGAAAUGACACCAGCCCAACAGGAAACAGUGGCCAUGGCCCAAACACGGCUCAAAACGGGGUUAUCUCACCCUCUACCGUUAAUGUUUCAGGCCAGGGAGUACCAAGAACUCAAAUCACAUGGGGACCAAGUCAGCCAAAUAUUCAUGAAAAUUAUCCAAAUCCUAACAUCCAAAAUUUUCCUGCAGGGAGACAAUGGCGUCCCACUGGUACUAUCAUGGGGCACAGACAGAAUGGGCCUUUUUACCGAAAUCAACAGGUUCAAAGGGGUCCUCGGUGGAACUCCUUUGCUUUGGAACGCAAACAAGCAGUUCGUCCAGGAAAUCCAAUUUAUCGCAAGGCUUAUGCUUCUACUGCAAGAGGGAAUUCUCCCAAUCAUGCAGGAAAUCUGGGAAAUGUCAGAAGAAAGCCUCAGGGACCAAAUAAAUACCCUAUGGGAACCAAUGUUGCUCCUCUGGGUCCCAAACAUGGUACUGUUGUCCACAGUGAAAAAAUCCAAAAUCCAGGAGAGAAACCAGUAGGUCCGAAAGAAAGAAUAGUCAUUCCUACAAGGGAUCCAUCUGGCCCCUGGAGAAACUCUCAAGAUUAUGUAGUUAAUAAAUCAAAUUAUAAACUGCCUCAUCCUGAGAGUAACAUGCUAGUCCCAAAUUUUAAUUCUAUUGAUCAACAUGAAAACUCUUAUUACCCAAGAGGAGAUUCCAGAAGAGCCCCAAAUUCUGAUGGACAAACCCCAAACCAGAAUUUGCCCAAAGGGAUUAUUUUGGAGCCAAGAAGAAACCCAUAUGAAUCAGAAACUAAUCAGCCAGAAUUAAAGCACAGUGCGUAUCAACCUGUAUAUCCUGAGGAAAUUCCUUCCCCUGCAAGAGAACAUUUUCCUGCUGGAAGAAAUACUUGGAAUCACCAAGAAAUCUCCCCAUCUUUUAAGAAAGAUCCUGGGAGACAGGAGGAACACUUACCUCAUCCUUCUCAUGGCUCUAGGGGAGGUGUUUACUACCCUGACUAUAACUCUUAUGAUCCCAGGGAAAACUCACCAUAUCUUAGAAGCAAUAUGUGGGAUGAGAGAGACGAUUCUCCCAAUAAUAUAGGGCAACCCAAAAAUUCGCUGUACCCUAUAAAUACUCCAGAGCUGAAAGAAACAGUCCCUUAUAAUGAAGAGGACCCAGUUGAUCCAACUGGAGAUGAAACUUUCCCAGGACAAAGUAGAUGGGGUAUGGAGGAGCCAAGCUUUAAAGAAGGUCCAACAGUUAGGCACUAUGAAGGCGAGCAAUACACCUCAAAUCAACCAAAGGAAUACCUUCCCUAUUCCAUAGAUAAUCCAUCAAAACCCAGGGAGGAUUUCCCUUAUGGUGAAUUUUACCCCUGGAACCCAGAUGAAAAUUUUCCCUCAUAUAAUACAGCCCCUACUGUACCAUCACUUGUGGAGAGGGGCUCUUAUGCUAAUAAUGCUGUUGGACAAGAAGAAAGCACUCUGCUUCCUUCUUGGAACUCCUGGGACCACAGGAUUCAACCCCAAGGGCAGAAAGAAAGAAGGCCAUAUUUUAACAGAAAUUUCUGGAAUCAGCCAACAGCUUUACACAAAGCACCUCCUAGUCCACCACACCAGAAAGAGAAACAGCACUAUCCCAGUAAUUCCCCAGCUUGGCUUCAGAAAAAUCCAACAUGGCAUGAAGGCGAGAAUUUGAAUUAUGGCAUGCAAAUUACCAGGUUAAAUUCACCAGAGGGAGAACAUUUGGCUUUCCCAGACUUAAUUCCUCCAAGUUACCCAGCAGGUCGAAAGGAAGCACAUGUAUUUCACCUAAGCCAGAGAGGCCCUUGCUGUGCUGGUGGCUCCACAGGACACAAGGACAAUCCACUUGCUCUCCAGGACUACACUCCAUCCUUUGGUCUUGCACCAGGGGAGAAUCAAGACACCAGCCCUCUGUACACGGAAGAUAGCCACACUAAACAUGUAAGACAUACCAUCUCCCCUACAAGCAACCUGCCUGACCAAAGAAACAGCUCAGAGAAAAGACUGCCUGGAGAAAGUCAAAACCCAAGUCCUUUCAGAGAUGAUGUGUCCACUCUGAGAAGGAACACACCAUGUUCAAUGAAGAAUCAACUGAGCCAGAGGGGAAUUAUGCCCUUUCCUGAAGCCAGUUCCCUUCAAUCAAAGAAUAUGCCUUGUCUCACAAGUGACCUUGGAGGAGAUGGGAACAAUGUUUUGGAACAAAUAUUUGAAGGCAACCAGUUCAAUGAAAGAACUGUUGAUCUUACUCCUGAACAGCUUGUUAUCGGUACACCUGAUGAAGGCCCUCAGCCAGAAGGAAUCCAAAGUGAAGUGCAAGGAAAUGAGGGUGAAAGGCAGCAACAAAGACCAUCAAGCAUCCUACAGUUACCAUGCUUUGGCUCCAAAAUAGCAAAGUAUCACUCCUCCAGCACUGGAACUCCAUCUAGCGUUGGAAGGCAAGGCCCAUUUGAUGAAGAUCCAGUUAUGCCUACUGAAAGUCCGAACUCAUUGUCUAGGUUAGCUACUGGGGCACAGUUUCAGAGUAUAAACGUAGACCCACUUAAUGCAGAUGAACACACUCCAUUUGAUUCUCUUCAAUUAGAGACCAAUCCACAGGACCAUGUGCAAGACUGCUUACUACUUCAGGCCUAGGGAUUAUCGCAACCAAACAUUCUUUGGGGGAAGGAAAAUACCUGAUAUUCUACAGUGGUUCCCCAACAUCCCCCCACCUCACCAGACUCAAUUAAGUAUCUGACCCUCUUAGUGAUCCUUAAGUUUUUCCCCAUUCCAGCAAUAGGAGUAGUGGCCCAGGUGAUGCUGAUGAGGUUGAGCCUCUGGGGGUUGCUAGAUUCAGUAUUGUCACUAAUUAACACAGACCUUAAAAAGAAGUAGAAAGGCUAUGACCUCCAUCACCUUGAAACUUGGAAGCCACUUGUCUGGGUUAGUUUCCCUUUGUUUGCUGAUUCUUCCUUUUUCUUUCAAAGUUCCAUACUUGCAAAAUUCUCUGGUUUUGCAAGACAGAAAGGCAGAUGAACUUUCCAUUUUAUGCAUGGAGAUCUAUAUAUCAGUAUAAUCCCGAUGAUUGUACAGUUUUUUCUUGUGUUGGUCUUUGUCAGUUUUUUUUCCUAGCUAAUAUUCUUUUGACAUCUUUUAUCUCCCACUACUUCUCUCUUUGCUCUAUCAUUUCCCUUCUUCCUUCUGUGUUUUCUUUCUGUCCACUAUUCUGUAUUUAGCUUCCUAUUUUUUCUUUCCCAUCUUUCCCGCUUUCUGUCACUUUUUACAUCCUAGGCUAUUAUCCAUCACUUGUCUUUACCUCUGUCUUCUUCGUUAUGUCUUCCCCUCUUCCCAUUUUCUGUUCUCUCUCCUAAUGGAUCACUUGUCAAUCAAUCCUUUUCUUUUCUUCCCUUCAAUUUAUCUUUUUCCCUGUUACACCAUUUUCAUAUCUUAAGACCACAUAUCUCUCUUCCUUUUUGUAUCUACUCUCCAAAUCCUAUGCUAGUUUUUUUGACUCAGUCUAACCAUCAUUGUAGAAUAUAUUUCAGAAAUAGUAGACACUGGUACCUACUUUUGUUUUUAAUUUUCUCAUGGCCUUUACCAGGUAGAUACAGCUUAGCCAGAGGAAUACAUUCAAGAAGUGUGGGGGAAGACAGGCUAGUUACCUAGAGCUAGCAGCCUGGAGACAAGGCUUAGGAAUGUGGGGAGGGAAACACUGUCACACAGGGACUGAGCAUCCAGAAAAAAAGUGGGACUUGUCACACCCUAUCACCAAUUCAUACUCUGCAGGACCUAGAGAGUACAUUUUAGGAAACACUAUCCUAAUCAAAUAAGAGAAACACUCUAUGGUCAGUUUUCCUUAACAGUAUAAUAUAAGUGAUUCUACCAGCAUAUGCUACUACCAACAUAAAGUCUUAUUUUUCAUGUCCUGGUAGAAUUACUUGCAGACAUACUUUCUUUGUAUCCUGAUUAAAUAGUGUAAAUUAUUUUGUAAAGUAAAUGUUUCUGUAUUGCCUUGCUAGAAUACAUCCAGGGGUUUUGUUUUGUUUUGUUUUUGUUUGUUUUUAAUAAUGGCGUGUUGGACUACUAUCUGUAUAUUCCUUCCUAGAGGGGAAGAAUUCUUGGAAUUAUCUAGAAAGUUACUUCUAACUCUAAAGAGUUUCUUAGGAGAAAAUUUCCUGGGACAGAUUUUAUAAGAAGAUCUCAGAAAUUUGAGAAUAUCUGUGUUGAAAACUUCAAGAGGAAAGGAAUCUUGUCCUUUGAGUCUUCUGAAUUUCUUGGCAGAGUGUCUUGCACAUAGUAGAUACCCAAUAAAUAUUUAUUGAUUGACCAAUUUUAAAACGGCUUUCAAAGCUCCCAUGAAAAUCCUGUGGUGUGCUUUUCCUGUGGGUAUACUAUACAGGAUACUGAAUUAGCCAUGUCAUACUCUGUAGCUUUAGAUACUCAGCCACAUUUGCAGAACAUAGAAUCUCAGGGUAGGAAGGGAUCUCAGAGGGAGAUGA